UAGUAGAAUUUCAGGUUUCGGACCCGCCAAAGUUUUAUGGGGUUCCUCUUUUUAAAACAAAGAAAAGCGGGCAAAUAAAAAAUUAAAUUAGAAAAAAAUAAUUCCACAAGCGGAAUCGAACCGCCGUUAAAAGCCGGAAACAAUACCACUACACCACAAAAGUAUUUAUUAUAUUGAAAGAAUUAUUGAGAAAUUAAAAAGUAAAUUUAAUAAUUUAAUUGGUGGGGAACGAGACAAUUGAGUACCGCCGUUUGAGUCCUUUGCUUUCCUUUGUAAUUGCUCUUCCUUUGUAAUUUCUUUUAUUUUCUAAAUAGUUACAAUUUCUAUAAGAAAUUUUAGUGAAAAUGUCUGAAGAAUUUGUUAACCAACGAACUCUGCCAAAAUCAAAAAAAUGGUGGAAGAAUGUUCAAACUGAAAGGCCUUUAAAAAGCAAUACAAAACCAAAAUCUGAUUGGAAUUCAAAAAUGAAAAAGAAAAAUAUGGAAAAGCAAGUUCGAGCUUUGCAAGAAGAAAUUCGUCAAAAAUUAGUUGAUGAAAAGAAGGAAAUUAUCCAGACAAAAAAGGAAAGAGAAGAACGCCGAAAACAAAAUUUAUUAAAAUCAGAAAUUGUACAGGUAAUUAAAAAUCCUGCACGGUUAAAACGGAUGAAAAAGAAACAGCUUAGAAUGAUCCAAAAACGAGAUAUUACAAAAGAGUAA